AUGGCUGCCGCAACCGAGUUCGCCCCGGCGCGCUUCCUGCAGCGCGUUGACGAACAGGCUGCCGCUGCAGCGCAGGGGACGACGCAGGUCCAGGAACAGGACUGGCCCGCGAAGCCUGCGCUGCUGAUCCUGAACCAGCCCGUCGCCAGCCUGGACCUGCUGCAGCGCCUGUGGGCCCGCACCGGCUACCGCCUCUGCGCCGACGGCGGUGCCAACAGGCUGUAUGACACUUUCGCCGGCCUCGACGACGCCGAUGCCCGCAGAGUGCAGUUUCUGCCGUCCAUCAUCCACGGCGACCUCGACUCGCUGCGCGACGACGUACGCACCUACUACGCGAGCCAUGGCGUCACCAUCUCGCGCGAUCCAGACCAGUAUUCCACCGACUUUGGCAAAGCCGUCAAGCGAAUCGCCAGCGCCACCUCCAUCACCACCACCACCGCCGCCGCAGAAGAAGAUGGACUGGCUGCUGCCUCAUCUCCUACCAGCUGCUACCGCGAGAUCCUGAUUCUAUGCACGCUGGCCGGCCGCGUCGACCAGGGUCUCGGCCUGCUGUAUGAGAUGCUGCGCCUCGAGAACGCCGCCCUCUCGCCCACCCGCCUCUGGCUCUUCUCCGAGUCGAGCGUCUCGUGGAUCCUGCCGCCCGGCGAGAACCGCAUCGACGUCGUGCCCGCAUCGCCAAACGGCAGCAGUGGCAGCAGUGGCAACAGCCACUUCACUGAGAACGUAGGGAUCCUCCCCGCGUUCGGUCCUGCGACCAUAACGACCACGGGCCUCGAAUGGGACGUCACCGACUGGCCGACGAGCGUCGACGGCAACGUCAGCACCAGCAAUCAUGUCAAGCGUGGCUCCGUGACGGUCAAGACAGACGCCAAGGUCUUGUUUACGAUAGAGAGGGCGGCCGAGCUACCCUGA